CCCCGAAACAUUAUCAUGCCUCGCCAUGACUCGUUGCCCGAAGGGAGCUGGUCGUCUAUCGCGGCGAUAAAGAAUAUGUAGACCAUGCUUGGACCACCAUCUUGAUCUUGGCCCUUGCUCAUAAGACACGUCACAUUUUGGUACCCUGAGUCUCGUCACUGACUGAUUGAUACCAGGACGGGAACUGAUAGUCACUUUUGCGUCAUGUACCAACAAACGAGAAAGAAAAAAAAACCUUCCUACGAACAGUCCAGAAGAGGAUCCGAAAGAGAGAAGAGUAAACAAGAGACGUCAUGCCAGGGUUGCUCCGCUUGAGCUCCUAAUCUAUCUCUGUCGCUAGCUCACAGUUGCAGUCGCAAAUAAAACGCCGGUUCCUCGUCAACUUUGAAUUCCCGUCCAGGGCCAGAUCCUUCGAGUUCAAUGAUUGGCCUCGGUCAAGCUCUCCCUGGCCAUCCCCCACCUAGUUCGUGCAUCCAAAGCAUGUGCUGGUAAUGCUUCUGAUUGGACUGUACGUCCCGGUUGAUGGGAGGCUCCGGAGUCAUGGAGCUCCAAGUUCCACUACGACCUGAACUUCCUGCGAUUACCGGCAAGUUCUAACCCGGGGGGCUAUAACGCACUUACAACGUCAAAGAGGCUUUUAAUCUUCGAAACUGCAACUAUUUGAUAGACCUUGCUCACCGACUCGCCGUAUUCGCUAAAAACUUGUUGCCCUCGGACGCUAUCAGCAUGAGUUACCACGCCGAGGACUUGGUAAAGCUGCAGCAGUAUUCCGCUUGUGAUAUCUCGGACGCACUCCUCAAGUUAAAGGUUCCCGGCGCCGGCUUUGUUGCCGAUCUGAACCUAUACAGCUCUCCUGAGGGUGAUGCAACAUCGGUUACUGUUGCUCCAGUUUCAACAGUUCUCUUCGCCUCCAAGGGACAGGAUCUCCCAGAAAUACAAAAGAACAUCCCUGAGGGAACCCAUUGGGCCGAUCUGACAGAACCAGGAACCAUUGUGGUUCUUAAACAGCCUGACGGUCAAAAGAAUGCUGUUUGUGGUGGGAUCAUGGCAGUUCGCAUGAAAGUGUGCCAAGCCAAGGGCAUCGUUGUAGCUGGGCGAGCCAGAGAUAUAGCGGAACUAAAGAGUACUUCCUUACCGAUUUGGGCUCGAGGGUUGUCCACCGUUGGGGUUGGUGGAGGGAGCGUGCCCUGGGCGAUCCAGGUACCUCUCGACAUUGAUGGAACCCUCGUCUCUCCUGGCGACCUUGCAUUUAGCGAUCCAAUCAACGGGGUGGUGGUCAUUCCUCAGAACAAGGUUUCUGAGGUCCUCGAAUUGCUGCCCAAGCUGACAGCAGCUGAUGAAAAGGUUAAGGAAGAUGUGCUCAAAGGUGCAACGGUUUUUGAGUCCUUCAAGCUUCAUCGAAGCAAUCUUUGAACAAGCCCCGUCGUAGAGGAUAAAGAAUACAAGACUACUACCUUGGACCAAAGUUUCCAAGAAAACAAGGGCGCAGCGUACGGUGGCUGGCUGGUCCUGAGCGUCACAUAAGCUGUACAUCACGGGAACACGUGAGAUCUACAAGGAGUUUGUAUCAAGUAACCCGAAGCACGGAUGGGUCAACAAUACAGUUUUUUGUGUCAUCAGUUCAUUAACAUGCCAUCAUCAAAGUAGGAUCUCUACCAUGACUUCCAAACAACCAACAAUCAACCUUGGCUCCAGACCAACAAGGAAAUACAUGCAAGAAACAAAUGCUGGCACUUCAAGAUUUGCCAUUUCAUCACAGCCACAUGUCCUUCUCCUUACUCGGAGUGGAUGGCUUAUCCGACCCAAAAUCGAGCUUCGGCAUCUCAAGCUUUGGCGCCGCCUCGACCGGUUUCUUCUGACCACCUCCAGUUUUCUUUGGUGAAGCCCGAGCGUCAGGGGGCGGCCCGUAUCGCACAUCCUUGACGUCCCAACCAUCCUCGGCCGCCGCUCCGACCCAUGUCCGAAGCCCGUCAUGCACACUUCCAUAGAACUUCUCUUUACAGAGUCGUAGACUACCACCAAGGCAUCGCUCCCAUCCCGAAAUUCGGAACUGUGCGCGAAGAGUGUUGCGCUCCUCUUGUGUCGGUGUGCAGGCCAAGAUGGCGUUCAUGAGAUCAAGAUGAGAAGCCAGGUAGUUGGUCGCAUCCCAUUCGACUCCGCCCACAUAUGGUGCUGCUGGGACCGGGGGGCGCUCUUGAGGGAAAUGUCGAAGCAUGUAACUGUACGGACCAGGGGCAAGGUCACACGUCGAGGGGCGGUCCGAAGGAAGGGAUACAACGUUGACGUUGUGAAGGAAGAUCCAGAACACUUCUUUAGUGACGCUAACAACCUCCUUGUUCCAAACGCGGUAUGGCCUUUCUUGCCUCAUCUCUAGGACAAAUGGCAAUGGGCGCUGAUCCUCCUUUGGCUCGGGGUCUCUGAGGUGUGCGAGAAUACUCUGGGCUCGUGUGACCCGUUCGGCUGGUGCAGCAGACUCAACAUACGUGAACAAGACGGAUGUUAUGAUGUUACGAGUGGUGAACUCGCUGGGACCCUUCUUCUCUGGGUCGAAGAGCAUAUGUAGGAGCUUGGGAAAUAGAUCGCUCUGGAUCGUGUGAAGAUAUUGCAUGGCGCGAGCUGUCGUCGACAGUGCCUUUAGACAGAGAAGAUUCUCGUGAAGCAGUGCAUCUUCAUGUUCCUCCCUAUCAAUUGUCAGUCACGCUUGUGGGAUCACGUCUUGAAUUUGACUUACCUCCAUUCAACCUCCAUGAUGCGGUUGAGCAGACCUACAAUCUCCUUCAUACCGCCUUGCUGGAUGAAGUCUUCGAUCCAUGCCACUGUCUCGUUCCUGAGAAGCAGUCGUAGCUUGUGAACUUUGCCGACCUCGACAAGUUCUGGUUUUUGAACCUUUCUGAGAUACGCCACGUAAUCACCUGGGCCUUGGUUGAGCUUAAUCUUGGACAGAAUUCCAGAGUUGGAAACGGAGCCGCUUGAUCCAGGAGGCCCUUCGCUGACUACGCUGUCGGUGGACUUGCUUCUGAAAUGACGGCCCAACGUCCCGUCGCCCUUUGACUUUUUGAUAGGGGAGCUUGGCUCCUUUGAUUCCUUUCUUCCUCGUGAGAGAGUAAAACUCUUGCCCCGUGAUCGCUUCUGUUUCUCUUCAUUUUGUGUGCCGGCUUCCAUGACCAGGCCGCUAUUGGCGCUAUCUGUUGAGCAGGAUCUCUCUGUCCGAGAAGCCUGUGAUUCGGCCCAGUCCUGGCGGAUAAACUCCAUCUUGAUGGUGUCGCUCAGGUUCCUCAUCUUGUAUCUCUGGUUCUCUGGAAUGUUUCGUCGGUCCAACAUAGCUUCAAGGUGUUUGUCAAUAUCCUUAGGGUCAAGUACUGCCUCGGUCGGCUCAGGUACAACUGACGUUGACUUGGAUCGGCUGUGGUUGAAUGUAGUAAAGACGCUCAAGACCUUACCUCGACCGCUCUUACUUUUAGCCUCAGUCGAGUCUUUUGAUCCCUUUCGGGAAUCGUUUGAAGUGCGUGCCUUGGUCGGUGAGGGGGGUGGU